CCGUAGAAAAAUAAAAGAAAAAGAGAAAAGAGAGAUACGGUAGCCAGAGAGAGAGGGAGAAGAGAGAGGCAGAGUCAUAAUCCAUAUCAUGAUACCCCCGUUUUUAAGGAUCGUUCUUUGCACUGAAUUACCAAAAUACUCCUGGAGAUUUUAAUGCUAUAUAUAUACUUUGUUGCCUGCUCUCGGUGGGAGUACUUGUAUUUUGGCUGAAAACUCAACUACCCGUCUAUCUCUCUCUAGGUUCUGUUUGCUUGAGAAGAUUGAAAUGAAGAGUGCCAAGUUCUUGUUGCUGCUUAUUUCUCUCAAUGUUGUCUCUAAUUUAGUGAUGGCUGCGCCACCUACAUGUCCCGCGCAUCUUGGAAGUGAUUGUGCUACUGAUGAGUGGAAAGGGGAGUUCUUCCCAGGCAUUCCGAAGAUCAAGUAUGAGGGUCCUUCUAGUAAGAAUCCUCUUGCUUUUAAGUGGUAUAAUGCUGAAGAGGAGAUUCUUGGAAAAAAAAUGAAGGAUUGGAUGAGGUUCAGCGUUGCAUUUUGGCAUACAUUCCGUGGAACAGGUGGCGAUCCAUUUGGUGCACCCACAAAGAUGUGGCCAUGGGAAGAUGGCACUAAUUCCUUGGCAAUGGCAAAAAGAAGAAUGAGGGCAAACUUUGAGUUUAUUGAAAAGCUUGGCGUAGACAGAUGGUGUUUCCAUGACAAGGAUAUUGCUCCAGAUGGUAAAACAAUUGAGGAAACCAACGCAAACCUGGAUGAAGUGGUAGCUCUUGCCAAAGAACUUCAGGGGACAAAGAUUCGUCCUUUGUGGGGUACAGCUCAGUUAUUCCACCACCCCAGAUACAUGCAUGGUGGUGCAACUAGCUCUGAACUAGGAGUAUAUUUAUAUGCUGCAGCACAAGUCAAGAAAGCCAUGGAGGUUACACAUUAUCUAGGUGGAGAAAAUUAUGUCUUCUGGGGUGGACGUGAAGGUUAUCAGUCUCUUUUGAACACAGAUAUGGAAAGAGAGCUCAAUCACAUGGCAAGUUUUCUUGAAGCUGCAGCUGCCUAUAAGAAGAAAAUUGGAUUCAACGGAACACUGCUCAUUGAACCUAAGCCCCAGGAACCUACAAAGCACCAGUAUGAUUGGGAUGCUGCAACAGCGGCUAACUUCCUUCGUAAAUAUGGAUUAAUCGAUGAAUUUAAGCUGAACAUCGAGUGCAACCAUGCAACUCUAUCCGGUCACAGCUGUCAUCAUGAGCUCGAGACUGCAAGAAUUAAUGGUCUACUGGGGAACAUUGACGCCAACACUGGCGACCCUCAAAUUGGUUGGGAUACCGACCAGUUUAUGAUGGAUGUAUCAGAGGCAACAUUGGUUAUGCUCUCCGUUAUUAAAAAUGGAGGAUUGGCACCGGGUGGAUUCAAUUUUGAUGCAAAAUUGCGAAGAGAGAGCACAGAUGUUGAGGACAUAUUUAUUGCUCAUAUUGCUGGUAUGGAUACUGUUGCACGUGGGCUUCGAAAUGCUGCUAAGCUACUUGCGGAUGGUUUGUUGAGUGAGCUAGUCCGCCAGAGAUACCAAAGUUUUGACACAGAAUUGGGAGCCCAAAUAGAGGCUGGAAAAGGUGAUUUUGAUCUUCUUGAGAAGAAGGCAAUCGAAUGGGGUGAACCCACAGUUGCUUCUGCUAAACAGGAGUUGGCAGAGAUGAUAUUCCAAUCUGCAUUGUAGAUAGCAGCAGGAUUCUAUCCUUUCAUUCUCUUCUUGUUCUGAGAAUGAACACAUUGUGAUAUGUAGGGGGGAAGACUACUUUGAUCAAUCAGCUAGGGAAUGUUUAUUAGAGAUGUAGUGUUGGUUUCAGUAUUCAGACAAUUUUACAUGCA